UAAUGGGCUGCAUUGCAUAAAAAGUUAGAUCUUAACCAAGAGAUUAAGGUAGAACAACUUAUCCGAAUAGUCAAUCAUAGAAUCAAUUAAAUUAAUAAAGCAAAAUAUUAGAAACUGAGCCAUAGGCUGGUAGAGUUAAUAGUGAAAUAAACGUUCCUCAUUCUCCAUAGAUAGGAAGGAGAUUAAAACAUAUGGUAAGUAGUGAUGAACUUCAAAAAUAUAUAACUAAGAGGUAGAGUAUUACUUAAAGUCCAUUUAAAUUUAUUAAGAAUUCCCCAGAAUAAAGGAGAAAGUUAUCAUUAAUGAAUAGCCCUAAAUUGUGA